AUGGGUAUAUUGUUUUCUGCAUCUUCGGCCAUAUCUUCCACUGCAUCUCUCUGUAUACUUGGAAUAUUUGUUUGGUUUCGGAGCACUCCCAUAGUCAGAGCCAAUAACAGGAACCUCAGCUUCAUUCUGCUCUUCUCUCUCAUGCUGAGUUUCCUUUCUGUGUUCCUGUUCCUUGGACAUCCGGUGGAUAUAACUUGUAUGCUGCAACAAGUCUUCUUUGGAAUUGUCUUCACAAUCUCACUAUCUUCUAUCCUAGCCAAAACCAUCACGUUUUUUAUUGCUUUUAAAGCCACCAGACCUGGAAGCUCCUAUAGGAAAUGGGUGGGAGUCAAACUUCCCAAUACAGUCCUGUUGUUCUGCUCAUUAAUUCAGGUUAUGAAUGGUGUUUUCUGGUUGUCCAUCUCUCCACCAUUUCAAGAGUAUGACAUGCACUCUUCUCCUGGGAAGAUCAUCAUUCAGUGUAAUGAAGGGUCCGUUAUCGGGUUCUACUCUGUGUUGGGUUAUAUGGGGCUUCUGGCAGCAGUGAGCUUUGUUCUGGCUUUCAUGGUGAGGACAUUACCGGACAGUUUUAAUGAGGCCAAAUACAUCACCUUCAGCAUGCUGUGGAGAUAG